UUUCAGCAGCCUUGCGCUCUCUACAAGAGGGAACACUGCAGUGGUCGCUUGGUUCACAUAUCAGCGCACCACCCGGGUUAUUUUCAGCCCAAUUCAGCGUGGCACGCAAAGGCGGCCGGGAGAUGUGCGGCUUCAAGUGUAUCGGCCAGUGCUGUGGACUGCUGUCCUUGUUCGGGAUUUUCUUUUUGUUUAGCGUGGGGCACAUGUUCGCCUCGCAGCCUAUGUUCACGGACGUGGAGGUGUGGGAGGAACACCACGACCAUGACGCCUCCGUCAACUGUUACAUAGGCGGGGUUAUCUACAUCUGCACGUUAGCGGCAUCUGUCGGGUGCUUUUGUUUCGAUAAGAAGCGGUCUGCGCGGCCCCCGCCGAUCGCACACCAGGCAUCAACAACAUCCCACUUGGGCUACACCCCAGAGAAUGUCCCCAGUCCAGGGGAAGACGUGGGAGCCGCGAUUCUGCCGAGGGCGGUGCUCUGAGAGAGCGGGGGAGGGAGAGCGCCGAUAGGAGGCGGUAUGUAGCGUGUCCGCGCUAGCAUGUGGACGGAGCGGAAGAGCAGGGGAAAUUGUGAGGCGACGUUUGCGCGGCCAGUUCUCAUCGUCAUGUACAGGGGGGAAAGUACGCCUGGAGUUUGUCAGGAACUAGCUCCGGGCGUUUGGCGGCGGCAGCGGCAGCAGUAGCAGCAGCAGCAGGCACGUCAGGCUGGUUCGGCACACGGGACGCGUGUUCGUUUGGUUUGUGCUUCCUAGUCAAGGCGGCGAGGAAGGGACCCGCCGGUCCGGAGCCUACAUAGUUGUGUAAGCAGGGACCUGUGCACUCGUCAGCGUAUUGUCGCUUGCAAGGUAGAGCCAAUGAGAGGGAAAGGGCCUGUUUCUAUGUGUAUGCCGCAAGUGUUCGAAAGUACGAGCUUCUUGUUUGACUGGGGGGGGGAUGGUUGACUGUUUUCCGUGAGUUAGGUGCCGCUCUUAUACAGGGCAAACAUGGGGAAGCCCGCUGGCCUAACGCCUGGGGGCGGAAGCCAGUCCUACGUAGCCCGUUUUUGCCUUUUGUCAAAGUCGGUUUAGUUAGUACCACACGAAGUGGCCGGGACGCCUCAUUCUUCUGUAUCCGAAGGUGUUGCGAGAAAGUGCGCUGGAGAUGUUUGCUUGCUUGCAUUUCCUUAUGUUGGUGUCAGGCACCCACGCCUGCGAAGGUGAAAAAACAGGCAGGAGCUUCAUUGGUGUAGUUUGGUUGGCGUUUUUCUCUGUACUGCUGUUGCCGGAAAUGCAUGAUAGUUGCAACAUGCCUGUUUCUUAUCGGAUAUUGCUUCAGGACCUCCUGUCUGGAGAUGGAUAGGGCCAAGCGGGCCCCUUUCUUCUAUCGGCUUCCAUCACCCACGACGCAAUCCGCAUUGCGUGUGUCGUCAGUUGUCGUGGUUGAUGUCUUUCGUUCGUGAGUGGCACCCUCGCUCACGCACACGACAACGCGGUGCAAAUAGUUAGUGCUUAGCUGAACGGGACGUGUAGUGUUUGAUUUCGAUCUUUCGCUUCGUUUUCUGGGCAGAGGUGGCGAAAGAACUUAUAGUUGUGAAUGUGUGGUUUUUCCACGCGUCUGUAGUAGUGGAAUAGUAGCUGUUUGGGUGGACUAGAAGGCGAUAUGUAAGAAAUGUGUUGUUGUACAGCCUUUUUUUACUCAUUUUUGUUCGGACGAGAAGCUUUGGAGCUGUUUUUGGGAAGGGGGGGGGGAGACUGCAUAUAUAUAUUCCGUAGAAGGGGCCUUUUGAGUGGUGCUGGUGAAGUGCUGAAUGCCCGCUUCAGCAGUGCCAGUGAAACGUCGUGUGACACAUGUAUGUGGAGCAAGCAGUUUGUGCUGCUCGGAUAUCACGCUGCCGGGUGCCUGCUACAUGUGGUGCGGGUGAAAGUUUGCUACACGUAUAUAGCGAGCGCGUAGAACGUGGCGGCACUACUGAGGGCCACGCGCUGCGGUAGUGAUAUGUUGAGAAGUUGCUUUUGGGAACGGAAGGGAUCGUUCCAUUCCCAAGGUUUUUGCGACCAAACAACUAUUUUUUGCGUACAGACACACGCCAUCGGGCCAGAGGACCUUCCCCCCCACAAACGACGCAGGCCCAGAGAAGAAAUGUCGACAAGUUGCUGUCAAUACUAUGUUGAGAACGAUGGAGUUGAAAGCAAGAGGAUGAUGGUGAAAGCACUCCGAAACGAACUCGAGUGCAAGGUAGCAGCCUUCUUCCUAGACG